AUGGAGAACUCCGCUCACCAACUUAGAGCUGAGCUCGAGGCCUCAGCCAACGCUACCCAGAACCGUCCUACAUGUAGAGAACUACAGCCUGGCGACGAAUAUGAUGAACUCAACAUCAUCAGCAAUCAAAGUCUCAGAGAUGAUUGUGGAUACUGUCAUGUUCUCAAGUCGGCCAUAAACAGCUUAGCUGAUAGACCGACAACUCAGAUUUUUGUUCACAGCAAAGAGGGUGAGCCUAUUGGCGUUGAGUACUUCACUCAGAAGAAAUCAGACUCGGAGAAUAGCUAUACGAGCAAGGCCGGGUUUAUCAUAUAUUCUCAUGAUAAGUCUCGACUUGUUCCUGGGCUUGGAAUCCUCAGCUGGAAGCCUCUCACAUAUCCUCACUCGUUUCAUUGCCCUUCCUCCCAGAUGAUACAAGAGUCUUACAAGCAUGACACAGUUAUAUCUAUCGUCCUCAACUCCAUUGGCCAUGUGACUGAAUACCGCGGAUAUGUCCUCAACGCUUGCCAUGUUCCCUACACAUAG